UUAUUUGGCAGCGUAGCUGCUUAAACAGGGCGGAUGUAUUAGAGUGCGAUUCAGUGGACUGCACAUUUCUCUGCCGUGCUCCUCUUGGAGAAUGCUGCCUCACCCGAUUAUUGGAAAAGCUUGUUGGACAGUUUGGAUAUUCUCAGGAAAAGGACUUGGAUAGCGCUAAAAAUAUAUUUCGUCAACUGUGAACAUCAUGCUCCAGAUACGUCUGAUGUUCUGUUUGCUGUUGGUCGUCAUCUCCGAGUCUGUGAAUUUGCCAUCCAAGAAAGGGCGCAACAUCACCGUCCCGUCCUCCCAGCUGGUCUGCAGCCUGCCUGGCCCAGCGGGGCCUCCAGGAAACCCGGGAGCCCCUGGGUCGCCAGGGACCAUGGGCCCCAUGGGUCCUCCUGGAAAAGAUGGCCCCGAUGGAAAGGAUGGGGAGAAGGGCGAAAAGGGAGAAAGAGGGGAACCAGGCAGGACAGGGAACCAAGGCAAGCCAGGUGUGAAAGGCCGUGACGGCGUCAUUGGCAAGGCUGGACCUCGAGGCCUGAAGGGGCUCCGAGGUACGCCCGGAGGGGCUGGAAUGCGAGGACAGAAGGGAGACACGGGUGACGCGGGCCAGCAAGGAGCUCCCGGAGGCUGUAACUGUGGCGGUGCAGCCCGUUCGGCCUUCUCUGUGGCGGUGACCAAGAGCUACCCUAAAGAGCGAAUGCCCAUCCGCUUCAGCCGGAUCCUGCUGAAUGAGGGGAGUCAUUACAAUGUCAGCAGCGGAAAGUUCAUCUGUGCCGUCCCUGGAGUCUAUUAUUUCACCUAUGAUAUCACUCUGGCAAACAAGCACCUGGCCAUCGGGUUGGUGCACAACGGACAGUACAAGAUCAAAACGUUUGACGCAAACACAGGGAACCAUGAUGUUGCAUCCGGCUCGACCGUCCUCCACCUGCAGAAGUCAGACCAGGUCUGGCUGCAGAUCUUCUACUCUGAACAGAACGGACUCUUUUUUGACCCUUUCUGGACGGACAGCACCUUUACUGGCUUCCUCAUCUACGCUGACCACGACUUCCUUAGUGAAGCAGACAGAAACGCUAAUGCCCAGAAUGACAGUUUGAAGGCAGUCAGUCCGGAGGACGCAAGUGUGGUUCCGCACUUCUGACACCAGGGGGCAGACGUGGACACAUUUAGAAAUGACUUGAUGGCUCUCCACUCUGAUGGCUACACAGAUAAAAGCUUUCAAAAUGUU